GCGGCGGGGGAGCGGCAGCGCGGCCCGGGGCUGCCCGCGGGGGAAGCGGCGGCGGCGGCGCCGCUCGCUUCCUCAAAUGCGAUGACUCAGCAGCUCCAGGAUGAAUUUGACAGCAGUGUGGAGAAUGCAGAAGCUUGGAUGAAGGCCAUCCAAGAGAAACUGAGGAUCAAUGACAACACCAAAGGACCUCGAUCUGCCCUGGAAGCCAGACUGAGAGAGACUGAGAAAAUACGUGCCCUGGAACCAGAAGGUAGCUUGAAAAUGGACUUGAUUCUCGUGAAGGCAGAUGCUGCUCUUCGCUGCAUCAGUGAGGAGAAGAAGCGUGAGGUGCUCUCUAAACUGAAAGACAUUAAAGCCCUGUGGGAAGAGACAGCCAUAUACAUCACUCACUGUCACAGCCGCAUUGAGUGGGUCUGGCUGCACUGGAGCGAGUACCUGAAAGCCCAGAAUGAGUUUUACACAUGGAUUCACAACAUGAGGGUCACCUUGGAGCCUGACAUUGAGUUGCAGCUUGGUUUAAAGGAGAAGCAGUGGCAGCUGAGCCACGCUCAGGUUUUGCAGAAUGAUGUCCUAAAUCAGUCAGUGCUGCUGGAAAGGCUGCUGGAGGAAGCUGCUUCGUUGUUCAGCAGGAUAGGUGACCCCAGCGUGGAUGAGGAUGCUCAGAAGAAAAUGAGAGUGGAAUAUGAAGGAAUCAGGCAAGAAGCUCAGAACAGAGUGAAACUGCUUGAAACGAUAACCAAGGAACACGAGCAGUACAGCGCCAGUGUCAACCAGUUUCAGUCGUGGCUGAAUGGUGUCACAGAGAAAUUAAACUGCUGCAUUGGAGGAGCAACCAAGACUUCAGCAGAGGACAAGCUAAAGGCACUGAAGGAAAUUGCCAAAGACAUUAGGAGUGGUGGAAAAAAAUGGAAGCACCUUGAAAAUCAGUGUGCAGAGGUGAUUCAGAAUACCUCUCCACUUGGAUCUGCAAGACUGAAGGAUGAACUUGAAGAGCUCAGAAAAGCCUUGGAGAAGUUGAAAGUGCUGAGUAGUGAGGAGGAGGAGAGAUUGCUCAAGAUCCAACAGUCUGAAAGUGCCUAUGAGUCCCAAGCCAGACAAUUGGAAGCAGACAUCCAGCAGCUGAGGAAAGAUCUACAGAGACUAGAAAAUGACCUGGACCCUGGGGAAGGGGAAAAGACUGAAGAUGAGUUUGUAACUCUGUGGAAAAAAUGCAAUGCAACAAGAGCAGCUCUGGCUGCAGAAGAGUCAAAGAUUGAGAGGCUGAAGGCUCAGCUUAAGGAACUGCUACGGUUUUCCCAAGAUGUGCAGCCACACGCUGAGAGUGUUGUCUCUGCAAUACAGCAGUAUCAAAGUGUUAGAAGCAAGACUUCUAAAAUGAGCACUGACACAGAAGCCCAGCUGUGGAGACUCAUCCAAAAUCCCCUGCAAAGUUUUGAGCAGUGGAAGCCAUCAGUCCAGAUGCUCCUGGAGACUCCAGAGCCAGAGCUGGCUCACAUUGAGGCUGCUCUAGCUGAAAGCUCCCAGUUCAAAGAAAAGUUGAGGAUGUUACAGGUAAAGAAAGAUCUGCUAAACAAUGUCCUUGGUGAGGAAAAAGCAGAGUCUUUGCUUCAAGAAGUAGCUGAAGCUUCAAAGGAGAGAGAAAUUCUACACAAAAGUCUGCUGCAAAGCAAGAGCAAACUCCAGAAUUUGAUGUUGCAACAUAAGAACUUUGAUGCUGGUUUUGCACCAUUGCAGAAGAAAUUAUCUGCCAUCAAAGCCAAAUUAGAUCUGGAGAAGGAACCACGGCCUGACCUCUUGGGGAAAAAGACACAACUCCAGAGACUCCAGAUGAUCCAAGAUGACUUGGCAGAGCUUGCAAUUCACAUGGAGGAGGUAGAGAAGCUUGUUCAGUCAAAUACCACACACAGGCAUGAAAUGAACCAACUCUCAUCUGAUUCUCAGGCCCUGAAGAGAUCACUGGAGAUGAUGAUACAGCAGAGUGAAGACCACGUUCAGAAGCACUGGGCAUAUAAUGACAAACUGUCUGACCUCCAGCAGUGGAUCUCAGUAACCAGGGAGAGGAUUGACUCCUGCCAGGAUGCUGAUGGGGAGCAGAACACUGAGGGCAGGCUGGAAGACCUGGAGAGAUUACUGGCUGAGUUUCCAGAUAAGGAGAUCCAGCUGAACCUUGUAGAAGCUCAUGGCCAGCUGGUCAUGGAGAAUUCUUCUCCAGAGGAGACUGCCCAUGUCCAGGCAGAGCUGGAUCAGCUGAGGGAGUCGUGGAAUUCACUGAAGGAGAUGGCAACUGGCCUCCUCAAAAAGUGGCAGUUAAGUAGACCAGUGGCUGACAAGAAGAAGAAAAGAGCAUUUGUGGACAGCAGAUGGAUGUCUAGACCUGCUUUCCACCUUUUUGAUGUUGAUCCCAACCAUAAGCAGGAGAAGAUGGGAAAAGGGCAGACUGCAAGCAGCCACUUGAAGCUUCUACAUGACUUUGAAGAGUGGCUCCAAGGAGAAAACACCAAACUGACCAAAAUUCUUGCUGGGAUUCCAUCUUCUGCAGAGGAAAUUAAGGCACAGCAGAGCCAAUUUGAGGAGCUGCAGUCUCAUGUGCCUCAUGGUCAGCAACUCUUUGAGGACCUCCUUCAUCUUCAUCCUGUGGUGGGAAGUUCUGAGGACCUGGAGGAGCUGCGCUACCGAUGGAUGCUCUACAAAUCCAAGCUGAGAGAGGCCCUGAGCUCACCAAGUGCUGGAUCUUUGGAGGAAACAGACAGAUUCAGAAAGGAGCGCUCUGGAGGCCCGUGCUCGUUCCUGCAUCGCGUGCGCCGGGCCGCUCUUCCCCUGCAGCUGCUGCUGCUGCUGCUGCUGCUCCUGGCCUUCCUGCUGCCCCUGGCAGAGAGAGAGAGCCACAGCUGCACCCUGGCCAACAACUUUGCUCGCUCCUUCAAGCUGAUGCUGAGAUACGAGGGCCCCCCUCCAACGUAACCGCUGGCACGGCACCAGGUGACGGCGGAAGGGCAGAACUCUGGUUUUAACUGCAGCUCACGUAGGUUUUUAGGGCUUCUAACAAAUGCCAACGGGAUGCAUCACAUAAUGCAACUUAAGUUUAAUCCCUUUAAUCAGGUAUUUGAGUAAAAUUAAUAUUUUUACAAUUUUUUUAUUAUUGUAAUUAUGUAUAUAGAGAUUGUUUAUGUGUAUGUAUGUAUAUAUAUAUAAAUGCAUAUCUGUGGUCAAACUAGCAACCACCAUCCACUCAUCCACUGUUUAAAGAUAAUUCUGCAAUGUUUCUGCCAUCUUUCAGCAAGGAAAAAACUGAAGGAUGGUGUUGUGGGAUUUUCUGGGUGAUUUUUAACAUCAGAUUUUGGUUUACAACUGAAGUCAGAGCAAGUAUGAGAACAUGUGGUCAUGCACCAGAGUGUAAACUGGAGACACAGUAGAAUCAUGGGUGGUUGACAUUCAGCCCAAGGAAGAUUUGGACUUUUCUCUUUGGAAUCUUGAGCUGAUUUUUCAGUAUCUGGAUACAGGGAUUGCAGAAGCUAAUAGAAAUGUUUCUACUGACUUCAGUAGGAGUGGGAGUGGACCUCCUCUUGUUCUUAUUUUUUACAAGAUUUCUUUUCCAAUUACUGUAUUUUCCAGCCCACCUGAAUCAGGAGAGGUGGAAUACAGUGGGAAGAAAGCUGGAAAAAAAAAGAAUAUAUUUUUUUAGCAUCUCUCUAUCAGGAGAACUUUUAAAAUCAGAUCAUAAUUUUCUGAACAAAUUUAUGAGCACUGAACAAAACCUUGUAUCACCAAUCUUGUGUAUAACAAAGAGUAGGGUUUUUCUUAGAUUUUUGUGUUUGUGGGGUUUUAUGGUUUGGUUUGUUGGGUUUUUUACUUUAUAAAGAGGCAUUUAACAACGGAUUAUAAAGCCUGAACAGUGGGAUGCAGCCUGGCUCAGUGUCAGUAAAGCAAAAGUUGGAAGUACUUUGAUAAUACCACCCUGGAAAGAAGAUUCCUACCUAGGAUUCUUUUGUAUUAAUGGUUUAUUGAAAUUGUGUAAACUGAUUGUAUCAACAACAGUCAAGCAUAGAUUUCUGUGUAAUCUAAACUCAAAAAUUAUGGCAACUUAUCAUUUAUUUACCUAAGCCUAUGUCUGAUUUAUCAAAUUUUUGAAUGUACAUUAUACAUUGCCUUUAAUGUAAAAACAGUUCUCACUUCAGAGGGAUGAAGCCAUUCUUAGUGGUGUUUUACCUAAUUGACUCCUGGGAGAAAAGGUAUUUUCUAAAAAUUUAUGCCAUUUCUGAGAGCUGUCCCUUAUUGUCUCAUGGUUUUAGCUACAGUAGUAAUCAUGAAAAAAUUAACAUAAGAAACAGUUACUUUCCCUCUCCUGGCUUUGUUGCAGGAGAAAUUUCUCUUCUGUGUAUCAGUAUGGGGUACUUGGUGUGAUUUUCUGCAUAAGGUCUAAAAUAAUAUUGCAGCUGACAGACUGAAGG